GAAAUGAGCUCAGUGCUGUGUGAGCCCAGCAGGUGUCUGGCUGUUCCCCAAACAGCUCUGUGACCCUGUGGUAUCGCUCACACUCUCUGAGCUUCUGGACACAGUUGGUAGGGAAGUUAAGGCUUGGGCCUCUCAGAAGUGUGGAAUCUUGGAUUCUAUCUUCAGUUCCACCAUGUGAUGGCUUUGCUGUAACUGUGACGGGCAAGAGACUGCAGUCUGGUAUCUCAGCGGGUACCCCAGUCCAGAACUAUCUUCUGAAGAGAGGGCUUUCUCCUGGACCCUUUUGCUGAGCCUCAGGGGAAUAAGGAGUCUGACUGGUGUGGGAUUCUGUAAAAAAAAAAAAAAGAUUCUGGGGCCACAGAUUGUUUGCAGCCAAAACUUCCUGUCUUUGGGAUCACACCUUCCAGACAAAAGCUUGGGCUUCUUAUCUGCUGCUACACGACCAGGUACAGAGCCAUGAAGAAUCGGUUGGUGAUGCUGGGCCUGUUGGCGGUGGUUGUGGUGGCUGUUGUCAUUGGCCUCUGCCUUUGGCUGCCCUCCUCUUCCAGGGGAUCUGACCAUGUGUACCGUAAAGCAGCGGUAGCUGCAGAUGCUAAGCGCUGCUCAGAGAUUGGGAGGGACAUGCUGCUGGAGGGCGGCUCAGCAGUGGAUGCAGCCAUCGCUGGGUUGCUGUGCAUGGGACUCAUGAAUGCACACAGCAUGGGCAUUGGGGGCGGCCUCUUUCUCACCAUAUACAACAGCACCACACGAAAAGUUGAGAUCAUCAAUGCUCGUGAGGUAGCUCCUCGGCUGGCCCAUGAAAACAUGUUCAAUGACUCCAAACAGUCUGAAGAAGGUGGGUUAUCUGUGGCAGUUCCUGGUGAGAUCCGUGGCUAUGAGUUGGCCCACCGGCGGCAUGGACGGCUUCCAUGGCAUCGCCUCUUCCAGCCUAGCAUCCAGCUGGCUCGAGAGGGCUUCCCAGUGGGCAAGGGCCUGGCAGGGGCCCUGAAAAGAAAACAGGAUGUCGUUGAACAGACACCUGCCCUGUGUGAGAUUUUCUGCCGCAAUGGGAAAGUGCUCCAGGAAGGAGAUAUAGUGACCAUGCCACGGCUGGCUGACACCUAUCAGACACUGGCUGAAGAGGGCCCCCAGGCCUUCUACAACGGGAGCCUCACUGCCCAGAUUGUAAAGGACAUCCAGGAGGCUGGAGGCAUUAUGACAGUUGAGGACCUGAACAACUACCAAGCAGAGCUGAUUGAGCACCCGUUGAGCACCAGCCUUGGGGACUCCGUGUUGUAUGUGCCCAGCGCUCCUCUCAGUGGGCCUGUGCUGAUUCUAAUCCUGAACAUUCUCAAAGGGUACAACUUCUCUCUGGAGAGUGUGAAGACACCUGAGAAGAAGGGUCUGACAUAUCACCGCAUCGUAGAGGCCUUCCGGUUUGCCUAUGCCAAGAGGACCCUGUUGGGAGACCCCAAUUUUGUUGAUAUGACUCAGGUCAUUCGCAACAUGAGCUCUGAGUUCUUCGCUGCCCAGCUCCAAGCUCGCAUCACUGACAACACCACUCACAUGACUUCGUACUAUGAGCCUGAAUUCUACAAUCCGGAUGAUGGGGGCACCAGCCACUUGUCGGUGGUCUCAGAGGACGGCAGUGCUGUGUCCACCACCAGCACCAUCAAUCUCUACUUCGGCUCUAAGAUCCUUUCCCGGGUCAGUGGCAUCCUGUUCAAUGAUGAGAUGGAUGACUUUAGCUCGCCUAACUUCACGAAUCAAUUUGGAGUGUUCCCAUCACCAGCCAAUUUCAUCAGACCAGGGAAGCAGCCAUUAUCAUCCAUGUGUCCAUCCAUUAUUGUGGGUCCGGAUGGGAAAGUCCAGAUGGUGGUGGGAGCCUCUGGGGGUACACAGAUCACCACGUCCACUGCACUGGUAUGCGUCCCCUACCUGUCCUCCCUCCCCCUGCCCCUGGGCCACACUGAGUCCCUCACCAUUUCCCACUGCCAGGCUAUCAUUUACAACCUGUGGUUCGGCUAUGACAUGAAGCGGGCAGUGGAGGAGCCCCGGCUACACAAUCAGCUUUUGCCCAACACCACAACUGUGGAAAAACACAUUGAUCAGGCUGUGGUUGAAGCCCUGAAGGCCCGGCACCACCAUAUCGAGGUCACUUCUACCUACAUCGCUGUGGUCCAGGCCAUUGUCCGAACAGCUAGUGGCUGGGCAGCCGCCUCAGAUUCCAGGAAAGGUGGAGAGCCAGCUGGCUAUUGAAUGCUUGGAUGAACAAGACUGAUCAGAAACCUGGGGACAAGAAUCGCAACAGAUCCAAGAGUAAGACUUUGGAGGACAUGCUCUUUCUGAGAGUGGCAGAACAACAUAAAAUAAAUGGAGACUGCAGUGCUGGGCUCUGGGAAGCCUGAGUGGCAGGCUCCUCGCUCCUUGG